GUGGAAUUUCGGUUGCAGCAACGGUUGGGAUGCGCUCGUCGUACGAUACGAUCCAGCGCAAGCGGCGCCGGACGUUCCAGGCGUCGCCGAGCGCGACCCGCGUCCUCCUCGACCUGGGGCUCAUGAGCCUCAUCGCCGACUACCAGGAUGGCAUCUACCUCUGCUUGCGGCCGUACUUUCUCGGGCACAAGAUGCUGCCGGCCAGCAUCGACGCCUACCGCGGCGACAACGUCACGGCGCUGCUGUACAUGAGCAACAAGCGCGCACGCAUUUGGUUCAGCGUGCUCAGCGAGCAUGACCUGGAGCUCGUCAAGCGGCUUUUGCGCUGCAAGGAACUCGCGGCCCCGCUCCGGCUCUCGGAGCCGCCGCACGGAACCCUCUCGUCACGCGGGCUGCUCGACAUUGCGUCCGAGGUCGGCGACGUCCGCACCAUGACGUAUCUCCACGACCAAGGCAUGGGCUGCACGUCGUUUGCGAUGGACCGCGCCGCGGCCAACGGCCAUAUUGACGCCGUCGCCUUCUUGCACACGACACAGAAGGCCUCGCCGUCCGACGACGUCCUCUACAGCAUUGUCAACGCGCUCUCGCGCUGCACGUGCAGCCGCGAGCACAACGCCGGGCAGUUUGCGUGCAUGCGGUACCUCGUCGAGCAGCGCGUUAUCACCCCUGCGUCAGCGAUCCGCCAUGGCGACGACGUCAUGCUUGCGCUCAUUCUGCUUGGGCGCCUCGACAUGAUGCGGCUCUUCCACGAACAUGGCUUUCAUCAGCUCUUUCGCGCCGGCGCGCUGGACGCCGCCGCCAGCCGCGGCGACCUCGCCAUGGUCACGUUCCUCCACGAGCAUCGACCCGAGCGCGCCUCCACGGCGGCGAUGGACCACGCGGCGACGCACGGCCAUUUGGACGUCGUUCGCUUUCUGCACACCCACCGCGACGAAGGCUGCACGCCCCGCGCAAUCACGGCCGCGACCACCGCCGGCCACCGCGACGUCGUCGAGUAUCUCUACGCGAAUCGCCCGGAGCGCUGGCUCCAUCCCGAGACGAUCGACGAGCUCGCCGAGCAUGGCGACUUCUCGAUGCUCGAGUUUGUGCUGGCGAGCGACGAGGCGACUACUGCGAUUGUGACCAAGCAAGCACUCAGCGCCGCGAUCCUUCGUGGCCACGUGGCCAUGGUCACGCUUCUGCAUGCCGCGCGACCCACAUUGGCCGCCCGGCGCAUGGCGGUCGUCGACGCAGUUGACGAAGGGUUCUUGGAGGUCGUCGAGUACGUCCUGGUGCACCUUCCUGGCAGCCGCACGAGCCAGCUCUUGUCGAGGCUUGUCUGCGCUGGCCACACGCACUUGGUUCAACGGUUUGUCGCGCUGCAAAGGGACGUGGUGACGACGGCGACGCUCUGGGAUGCCCUGGCGUCCGACUCGUGGCCCACGAUGACCUUUCUCUUUUCGACGUUUCUGCAUCUCUCGACGCCGCACCUUGUGAACCGCAUCGUCCAGCGCAACUACAAGGCGCUGCUGGAUCUCCAUCUCAAGAACGCACCCGAUCUCAUCACGCCGUCGGCGCUGCAGAUUGCGGCCAAGUAUGGCUUCUUGCGGCUCGUGCAGUGCAUUCCCUAUGGCUCGCACCGCGCAAUGGACUUGGCGGCCGAGCACGGCCAUCUCCGCGUCGUCAAGUACUUGCAUGCACAUCGAGACGACGGCUGCUCGACGUACGCGAUGGACAAGGCAGCCGAGCACGGGCAUCUCUCGACGGUCCAGUUCCUCCACGCCCACCGGAACGAGGGCUGUACGUCGCAUGCGCUUUCGUCGGCGGUCCGCAACAACCACAUCAAGAUCGCAUCGUUCCUUCUCAAGCACCGCUCGGAAGGCUGUGUGCUGCACGCGAUGACGGCGGCGUGUCAGCGCCAGCUCUACCCAUUGGCCAACAUGAUGCGGCACUAUCCCAUUGGUCCGUGCUGCUGCGUCGUCUCGAGUCCGUACCCUCAAGGGAUGACGAUGCGGGAAGAGCGCGAGUGGUUUACGGGCAUGACGGAGCAGGCGCCCUGGUACCCGUCCGACGACGACGACGGUGACGACAGUGACGACGGCGGCGACGGCGACGGCAAUGCGUUCGACUCGGACAGCGACGAUGACGACGACGACGACGACGGCUACCCGUACGACCCGUUCCACCGCAUGCUCGGCUGGUUUAUGUAGCUCUCUUUGGCGUCAAUAAAUCAAGUGGAUCGAUCCAUGGGGACGGAAGGCGCGUGGAUGAAUACACUGGAUACG